AUGCCUGAUUUUUUACAUCCGAUGGUUAGAACACAAUCCGAUUGUAAAAUUGUCAAGAAUAAUGAUCUAACUAAUAAUUAUUUAGUAAACGAUACUGCAAAUACAAUUCAAGUUCAAUUUUCAUGCGGAGUUUCUAACGAAACAAUUUGUAAUAAUGCAAAGUUAGGAUUUGAUAGAGCAGCAAAAAUUUUUCCGACAUUUUUAGUAUUGAAGGCACCCAUAAUUUUACAAGCUAUAUUUGAUGACUUAUGUCCAACUUGCAGUGCCGGUCCUUCUAGACUUAUUCCGUUAAAUGAUACCGAUAAUAUUACUCGUUUUUAUCCUCAAGCACUUGUAAAACAAUUAAACUUACCUGAGGCACCUGAGUUUUUCAAUGUUGAUAUUAUUGCAGGAUUUAGUACAAGAGCGAAUUUUUGGUUUGAAGGAGAUCCACCAAUCGGAGCAACUCAAGUAGACUUUGUAUUGGUGGUAAUGCAUGAAAUUAUUCACGGUUUAGGACUUGUUCAGACAUGGAGAGAUUAUUUUAGUCUGUCUGCUUUAUCGCCAACCCCAGUUGUCAUAAAUAACACUCAAUCAUUCAAACUGCUUGGAUUCGUUGAAACAGUAUUUGAUAAAAACAUGAUACUGCUACAACAAGGUUCACCAACGAAUGUUACAAGCAUGAGCAACCUCACUGUGGAGCUCAAUAAGUUUUCCGGGAUCAAUAAAAUUUAUCCUAGCUAUCUAGAAUUUGUAACUGAAUGGACAAAUUCAAGCCAAUACCAGAUAACCAAAGAUAUAUUUACGGCCGCAACCACACCUCAAGACGUAGCAUUUUUAUCACACAAUAAUACACAAAUUAUGUUAGAAACUGCGAUACCUUAUUCUCCUGGUUCAACGUUAGGACAUUUAAGUGCCAUAAGUUAUAAUAAAACUGCAGAUUUGAUUAUGUUGUGGAGAGCAAUUCGUGGUGCCACUGUAGAAACAUUGAGCCAAUUUAACGGUGGAUAUCAAGGAGGUCCAAUAGGGCCAAAUGUAAAAUUGCUAUUAGAAACGUUAGGGUAUACACUUCAGGAAGUCGUGGUAAUUAUAGCUACAAUUCAACAAAUUAGUGCUUUACCAGCACCUCAAGCACCUAGUGUAACUCCUGUUCCCACAAAUAGUAAAACUGCUGAUGCUAAAACAACCCCUGCACCUAAAGUCGCACAACCUAAAGCCAAUCCACCUAAAGCCAAUCCACCUAAUGUCGAACCACCUAAAACAGAUCAACCUAAAACAGAUCAACCUAAAGCCGAUCAACCUAAAGCCGAUCAACCUAAAGCCGAUCAACCUAAUACUACAACUACUGAUGCUAAAAAAGCACCUGCAGCCACUCCUAGUAAUGGUGCUAGUGCCACUACGCCUUUACAACCACUUCCGACUACAAAUCCUGCUGACGAUCAGUUGAUAGCAAAUAGUAUGUUUGCUAUUAAUUAUAAUUGUGACUUGGCUGAUAAAGUCGUGUGUGGUAAAGUUGAAAGAUCGAUUAAAAAGGCUGGAGGAAUUCUAACAAAGAAUUUGGCUCUUGUAAGCAAAAUCAAUGUGGCUGCAUCCUUUAAAAGUAUUUGCAAAGGAUGCGAUCAAUAUGGCAAAGGCACUGUUGCAAGUACCGUCGAAUUGGUGGAUGACGAUGGUAUGAAAAGAUUGUACCCAUCAGCUGUGAUCAAACAAUUUAAUUGUGCAAAAGCUCCUGUUGGUGGUGAUGACAUUUCAUUGGACAUCAACAGUGGCCUUGGUGCUGAUAAGUUUCAUUUUGACGAUGAUGUAAAAACUAUUGAACCAGGUCAACAAGAUCUUACAACCUUAGCGUUACGUGAACUCACUCAUGGUUUAGGUUUGCGUACAAGCUGGAACAUCCAACCUGAACUUGCAAAGACAAAAACAUUUACACCAAAAUUACUAUUAAAGAAUGUGGGAAAUGGUGUUGUAUUCUUGGGAUUUGAAGAAAACGCAUAUGACAAAAAUUUUUAUGUGCAAGGUGAAGGCAAAUUUUUAAAAGAUUAUGUAAAGGAACUUAAUAAAUUUUCUGGGGGUCCCGGAGCAAAUUUUGCAAAUCAGGACGAAUUUGUUGCAAAAUUUAUUGCAUCAGACCAAGGAAACAUGGCUCAAACUUUAGCAAAACUCGCUACAACACCUAAUUCGAUUAGCUUUUUACCAAAAGAUGCUCAAAAAACUGACGCAAUUAUUUUGGAUACACAAUCAAACCCUUUUAACUCAGGAUUCAGUUUGGAUUUCUUUGAUAAAGCAACUUAUGCAAAAACACCAGACUUUCUCAUGACAGAGGUAUUGGGUUCUACACUUGAUCAAUUAACCGUUGAUGGUAAAGCUGUUGGCCCAAAAUUAAGAGCAUUAUUAUCUACUAUGGGAUAUCCAACAUUAGAAAAUACGAAUCCAUCUAAAGUUUGCCCGGGAGAUUUUAAAUUGCCGGAUCCUAACACACCACCCACAGCAUCCACAGCAUCCACACCAUCCACACCACCCACACCACCCGCAGCACCCACACCACCCGCAGCACCCACAGCACCCACAGCACCCACGACACCCACGACUCCCGCGACUCCCGCAACGCCCAACCCAAAUCCAAAUCCACCAGUUAAUAAUAAUCCCACUAGUAAUCCGCCUAACAAUCCUACUCCUCUUCCUAGUGGUAAUCAAGAAUCAAUUCAAACUACAUCAACUGUAGUUAAACAAGUUACAAAAACAAUUCCAGUUGUAAUAACUCGAACUACAACAGAUGAUAAUAAUGUCGAAGAAGUGUCAACCGAGACAUCAUCUAAAGAAGAUGUUCAAAUUGUUACAGCAGUUGAAGUGGUAACUGUACCUAAAACACAAUCUAAAGAUGUAAAUAAUCCAAAUAAUCAAGAUGAAGAUGAAUUUGGCUCUGGUUCAAAUAUUUCACUAAAUAAGGCUCCUCUGAUAGAUACCCAACCGAUAAGGAUAUCCUCUCAACAUGGAAAUCCAUCACACAGCCGACCUCACAAACCGUGGGGAAUGGAGUUUGUACUUGAUAUAGUGAACCUAUUUGUGCUGACUCUAUUACAACCUUUUGUUUUGUAG